GUCACUUGACUUAUCAACAAUCACGCUUCAACCAAAUUCGCGCAGGCCUAGGCCCAAGGCCUAGAUAGAGUAUGCGUUCGUGUGAUGACGCUUUCUAAAUGCAAACGUUGUUGGAAAGAAGAUUCGCCUGCAUUGGAUUACGCCAAAUUGGAGACAAUUUUACCAGCAGAGUAUCAACACGUACUUUGUAGUUACGAAACCGUGGGCACCUCUGAUUUUAAGUGCUUUCUGAGACUGGCUCGUAUCGAAACUACUGAAGAGGUUAACCAAUGGCUGGCGGAAUUUCAGAAGUCUUCAUAUCUGACAUGGAGAAAAUCCAAGACAUAUCCAGAAUGUGGCCGGGUCAACAAAUACAGGGUGGAUAUGAGAUGUCACCACAACACAAGGUCAUCAUCAACAAAGAGAACCGUAAAAAAUACAGCCUGUCCUGCAUCAAUGUACUUGGUUUUGAAGAGAUCUGUGACAUAUUCAAGGUCACAGGAUGCGCAUAUCAAUGCUGGCGGACUGAUGUUCAGCAUCCGACUUAAUAACAUACACAAUCACCAAAUAUUAUGUGUCGAUGCUUUUCGUAGAAGAGAUGUAAACGAGGAAACAGUUAAGAAAUUGAAAGAUCUUUUCGAACGUGGACAUUCCCCAUCAUCAGCCCUUUGUAUUAUAAAAUACGACCUUCAAGAAGAACAUGAGGACAAAUACAUGUACGCUUCAGCAGACCGCGCUGUAUGCCCAGAUAACCAGUUCUGUUACAGGUUAUAUUACCAGAUGUUUAAGAAGCCGUACAAGGCAUCUUCAGGUGAGCAGAUGUUUGUAGACCUGGAGAAAAGGCUGGAGUCAUAUAAUAACGAUCUAAACCAAAUCUGUGCCAAAAUAGGAAAGACUGAGAAGGGCGAAACUGUAAUUGCUGUGUGUACACCGCUCAUGAAUAGAGUUCACAAGACUUUUAGGCAGAGUGGGGAAACGAUUUUUGUGGAUUCAUCAGGAAGCUGUGACCGUAACAAAAGCCGCAUUUUCGUAAUGUUGACCCAUUCCUCGGUUGGUGGAUUACCUGUUGGAGUGUUUAUCACUACUUCGGAAAAUGAACAGACAAUUACCGCAGGAAUCGAACUAUUGAAGAGCAUAUUCCCUGAAGAUAGCUUCCACGGCAAUGGUGAUUGUGGACCAGAGGUACUGAUUACGGAUGACUGUCUUGCUCUUACGCAGGCAUUUGGGGCAGUAUAUCCCCAAACAAGCCAAUUGCUCUCUGUUUUUCAUUUAUUGCAAGGAAUGUGGAGGUGGCUGUGGAACAACCACAAUGGUAUUAAGGAGUAUGACCGGCCGCAUCUGUUAGAUCUUCUGAAAGGGCUUGUCUUUUCAGAAUCGGUUAGUGAAUUAGAGGAGAGAUACAGGGCAAUUGGAAGAGAUGGAAGUGCCGUUAAAUACAGAAAAUUCUUGGACCGCAUCAGAAGUAUUUUUGAAAGGAAAGCAGAAUGGGCGAUUUUCUUGCGCAGUCGUUUCAUGACUCGCAGAAAUAACACAAAUAACUUUGUAGAAUCAGCGAUGAGGAUAGUAAAAAGCAAAGUGUUACACCGCGUAAAAGCGUACAAUAUUAUCCAAUCGGUAGAUUUUAUCUUGACGAGGAUGGAGUCCCAUUAUUCACGUCGGCUGUUAGACGUAGCUGACAAUCAGACGGCAAACAUUCAACAAUCGAAACAGUUCUCAAUAGACAGCAGUGAUGUUGAUUUUGAGAAGAUCGUGCAGGAAACAGACAGCAAUUACUUGGUACCCAGUGUUUCCUCUGGACGAAUCCACCAUGUGGAUAUGGAACUUGCCAUCUGUACCUGUCCUAUUGGCAACACCGGAGGGCAGUGUAAGCACCAACAAGCUGUAAUCAAGAAGUUCAACAUUACUUAUUCAAAUUUCAUACCAACAUCGUUGUCCAAUAUGAGAAGACUGUAUGAUACAGUUCCUAAAGGUAAAGAUGAUGUACAGAAUGACAGGUUUUGUAGUCUGGUACAUGAAGAUGAAGCCACUGUUGCCACCAUUACAAUUGAGAACAUGACACCUCCUCCAGGGUCACUUACGGACCAAACGACCAACAGCCUGCCUAGUGAUGUGUCUAUUGUUGUGAAAGAGAAAGAAAGGAAAAAAAGAAAAGGCAUGGAUAAUGACGAGGAUGUACUAGGACAGUUAAGUGACAUAUUUCACUGUUUAGAAAGCAAAUUGAAGGAAGAUGAAUCUUUCAGACCCCACAUAAAACGUUUCAUAAAAAACUUUGGCAAUAUUAAAACCGACAGCGCUCUGAUGUCUGCCCUCUCAACAUUUUCGAACUACAGUGGCAGUCAAGCUACAACAGAGGCCAAAAAGAGAAGGUAUCUCGAACCCUCCACUACAGUUGGUGUUCAGCCGACUACUGUUGCAAGUUAUAUAACAAUCACGUAACAUUAGAGCCUUCAUGCCAUCUGUUACAUUAUUCAUGAACUUAAGAAAUAUUUAAAAGUACUGUAAACAUAAAAGUAUUUGGUUGAUAUAGUUAGGAAUCUUAGUAAUAAUAGACACACCAUAUUUGGUUUUCAUAUUCUAGUGGAGUAAAGGGUUAAAUACAACUACAGGCUGAUUAAAUUGUUUUUUUUUUUUAAUAUUCAUUAUAGAAAUAUAGUAUAGUACUUUUGCUUUUAACCGGUAUUGCAUAGGCCGUACAAGAGUUGAAUUUCCUUGGUGAUUAAGAAUUGAUAUUCAUGUGAUGUAUUCUAAACGCGUCCACGAAUCGCUAUACAGAUGUGUUGGACGUUUUGUCAGUCCUGUUAUGAUGCAGUAUCCACACUGGACGCAUCAUUAUAAUUCCGUUUUAUGGCCAUUUUACGAUUAAACUUGAUUUUACUUGCGUCACACAAAUUUAAGGGAAAUAACUCUGUGAUGCAUUACUUGAUUGCAUAAAAAUAUGUUAUUCGGGUAAGCAAGGUACUGACUUUUUUUCCUUAAAGUUUUUUCCCAGUAAUUAGGCAAACAGUAAUUACAUUAAUAUCACUGCAAGUAUGAUAUGUCACAAUAAUAUUGAGAAAUUCAUUAUGCAAAUUUACUACCGGUAUUUCUUUUACAAUAUUACUCGAGUCGAUCACAUAAAGGAAUAUAAAUUACACCACUCUGAUAUUUUAUCAUUGUGGAACAAUAGCAUUAUUUAAUGUUAUUGUAAGAAGUUGUCGAUCACAUUAACGAAUAUAAAUUACACCACUCUGAUAUUUUAUCACUCUGGAACAAUAGCAUUAUUUAUGUUAUUGUAAGAAGUUAGUAAACGAUUUGCUUACUAUUAGGCCUACUAUAAAUGGGUCCCAAGUUGCUAUUGAAAUUUAUUUUCUGAUAUAUACUAGAAACAGUAUAUUAAAUUGAUUGCUAGAGGUAAAUUUUAAAUGAAAGACUUGCAUUGGCAGGGGUAACAUUGAUGUUAAAUACGGUACUGUAUAUAGGUAAAAAUCGGAACUAUAU